AUGUCCACAGCAGCGCGACGGAGACUGAUGCGUGACUUCAAACGCAUGCAGACCGAUCCCCCAGCCGGCGUGAGCGCAAGUCCCAUCGCUGACAACGUCAUGACAUGGAACGCAGUGAUAAUCGGCCCCUCGGACACGCCCUUCGAAGACGGCACCUUCCGCCUCGUGAUGCACUUCGAAGAGCAAUACCCCAACAAACCCCCCGGCGUCAAGUUCAUCUCGCAGAUGUUCCAUCCGAAUGUCUACGGCACGGGGGAGUUGUGUUUGGAUAUCUUGCAGAACCGGUGGAGUCCCACGUAUGAUGUCGCGGCGAUUUUGACGAGUGUUCAGAGUUUACUGAAUGAUCCCAACACAUCGAGCCCCGCGAACGUCGAAGCGAGUAAUCUCUACAAGGACAAUCGAAAAGAGUACAUCAAGAGAGUGCGGGAGACGGUGGAGAAGAGCUGGGAUGAUUAG